AUGCUGCAUCUAGCUUCAUUUUUUUUCCUAACACUACUGCAUUGCUAUAAUGCCCAAACCAAAACAAGCAUUACACCUACAGACUGUAAGACCGUCGAAACAGAUGCAGGAGUGGCCCUCGAUUUGGUCAACAGACAUCGCAGAGAAGGCUACGUUUUCGGUUUGUUCCGUGUUGCUGAUGCACACGAACUACAUAUAGGAAAUUCAUCAGUUCUUUUCUUAACUUUGGAUGUGCUGGAAACUGAAUGCCCUGUUUUAUCUGGAAGACAUUGGGAGUCUUGUGAAUACGGUGACGUCUAUUCCAUGGACUUCGGGCAAUGUAAGAUUAUCAUGUAUACGAACCAGCUGUUAAAGAAACCUCAACUACAUGGAUUUAAUUGUACACUAAGUCCAGUUCCUCCCAAUUUAAUAGAGUGCAAAGAUUGUCCUGUAAAAGGUGAAGUCUUAGAAGUCACCGAGCAACAUAAAGAUAUUGCUGCAAAGGCCCUGAAAAAAUUCAACAGCGAGAGCAACCACACAAACUACUUCAAUGUUAUCAAAGUUGAAAAGGUUUUAAAGACGACUGACUCCAAUGAAGUUCACAUUUUAGGAUUCUCUAUAAAAGAGACCAACUGUUCCAAAGGUGUGCAACAGACAGAGGAGACACUGGAAUGUGACUUUCUGGAUAACUGGCAUGCUCACAAGGGAUUCUGCAAGGCACGAAUCGUCAGUGAUUCAGAUGCUCCCGAUGGAACAGAUAUAAGCUGUGAACUCUACCAUCCCUGGCAGCAUCACCAUGGACAUAGAUGCAGACAUUCACGUCCGGGUUGGCCACACAGACAUCCCCACCAUCAUUCUGGUCACAGACAUCACCACAGAGACAGACGCCCACCACAUUUUCAAUCCAAACCUGAAGACACUGAGCAGAGCCAUGAUUUCAACGAAGAACAGGAAGACAGCCAUGAAGAAUCUCCUCCCUACCAUGGUAGACGACAUAACCGCCCUCGCCCACCACACCAUGGUCCUCCACCUCCUCCUCAAGAGGAAUUAGGUCAUCCCCCUCCUCCCUAUGAUGAACAACAUAGUCCUCCUCCUCCCCAAGAUGAAACAGAUCAGUCCCCUUCUCCUCUUCCUCCCAAUGAUGAACAACAUAGUCCUCCUCUUCCUCCCCAUCAUGGACCCCACUGUCCUCCUCCCCCUCCUCAUGGACCACAUCACCCACAUCCUCCUCACCACCAUGGACCACACUGUCCUCCUCCUCCUCCUCCCCCUCCUCAUGGGCCAGAUCACCCACAUCCUCCUCACCAUCAUGGACCACACUGUCCUCCUCCUCCUCCUCCCCCUCCUCAUGGGCCAGAUCACCCUCAUCCUCCUCACCAUCAUGGACCCCGCUGUCCUCCUCCCCCUCCUCACGGACCACAUCACCCACAUCCUCCUCACCACCAGGGACCACAUUGUCCUCCUCCUCCCCCUCCUCAUGGGCCACAUCACCCACAUCCUCCUCACCAUCAUGGACCACACUGUCCUCCUCCUCCAGGACACCAUCCUCAUCCCCAUCAUCACUACCACAGACACCACUGCAACAAGACAGGCCCAUCAGGAAAGUACUUUCCAUUCCAGGUAACAGGAGCUAUCUAUCGCAUUCCAGUUCUAAACACGCAGGAUUCUCUCACAGCUCCCAGUGCAAAAUUUCCUGAGCUAUCCCACCUGAGCCCUCAAUCCCCCAGCACCGAAGAAGGUACUUCCUUCACUGACUCAAGUCUAAAGGAGAUGCCAAAAACUGUAGAUUUUCCAGAUCACCAUUCACAAUCAGAAUCAUGCCCAGGAAAACCCAAACUUGAUCUUCCCCAACUUUUGCCUUUGUUUCCAUAUAGCUCCAUAGCACAAACUUCUUCUCCGUGA